GUCAUGUUAUUCGCGAUACUGAGCCAAGAGCGAUAGAGAAUCCAGAUUUCCAUGCCAAACAAGUCCUCGGGUCAAUUUUCUCCGAUUUCUCGGGAUCGCAUGACGUUGCGAUUGCACCAAAUCCUGAAUCCAUACGUGUUGUUUCAUCUCUCUUCAGUCUCAAGCUUCAUCGUUUUUAUAUGCCAUUUAUCUCUAAUACGCGACAAAAAGAAUGGGUUGAGGUGGAUUCUAGCUUUACGUGAAGCCAUUAUGGUUGUCAAGGACCCUCGUCUGCUUAUCACCAUAACCUGGGGUUUUGUCAUGGAUCAUCCCCGGCCAUCUCUUUCUCCAAUCUAUGUGGGUCUGCUCGGGUCGCAACGGGGCGGCACCAAAUCAAUACACUAAUGUCGAUAUACCCGGUUACUCGCCCUUUCAGUGGUCAAGUCGGCAGGACCUCCCCAUUGCAACCAGGUAUCAACCGAGCUGUCAAAACAAAAGGAACCAUUGCACCCCUGAGACUUGACGUCCCGAUACCAGGACCCUAAGUUUCUAGAUGUAUUCGAAAUGCAGAUCAUUGGCGAACGACAAGGCAUGUCGGGACUUUUUAUGGCAGGGAUCGACAGC